GACUGCGUUUGCGCGCGCAUCACGUGGUGUCGCAGUGCCAACACAUUUAAGUUGUUCCCCCGCCUUCUCGUAUGACAGUAUCUCAAUAGUUUUCAGUGGGUUUAUGCGUGAUCUCACGCGUUUUUUUUAUAUUCUAUAUGCAGAAUUUAAAGUGCAUUAAAGAUUGUCAUCAAAAAACUAAAAAGUAUUCUUAGUGACCAAAGUGAAAAAGUGAUAAGUUCUCUAAAAUUCAUUUGUUUAGAGACUAAAAUUAAACCCCCCCGCAAAACCGAAGUGAAAGAGAGAGAGAGAGAGAGGAAACAGGAGGAACAAUAAAUAAUCUUCAAAUUUUCUGACUGGAGAGAAUCUGGCAUAAUCAUUUAAAUAAUCGGUAACUGACAAGAUUUUAGAAGCGUGUUGGCAUCGCUCGCAUAACCUCUACCGGCAUUUUUUUAGCGAGCUUCUUUAGCCAUUUUAAAGCAAAUCAAAAUUCAUUAAUACGAGGCUAUUUUUGGAAAAGAAAAAAAUAGUCUUAGUCAAUAAAAAAUCGUGUGAUUUUAUAAAUUAAAAAAAAAAGGAAUAAUCACGUUUCUAAAAGAGUCCAUAAGAGCUAUGGACUCGCCUGUCAUGCUGGACAACGCAUCCAAAUUCGGACGAAGGAUCGAUCUGGAUUGCGAUUUCCCUGGUUUUAAUUUCGACGAGGAGGGCUUUGGUAGACGUCAUUUGGACGACCUAGCAUCUCGUCAUCCAGAAUUUGCCGAUCAUUUCUUUGGAUCCUCUUGGGGUGAUAUUCCCUUUCAAGGCACACUCAAAAAUCGACGUCGAGGCUCCGGCAGUGGAAACAAUUACCAAAGUCAUCAAGACGAGGACACAAAAAGUCAAGCCAGUGGAAGUAGUGCGGCAAGUGGUGCGAGUGCCGUCAGUUCACACGGUGAUCCAGAAAUUACGCGACACGAAAGAACUCCUAUUAAUCAGUACGGCCUUAGAAACACUGUCGACAUUGGUCAACAUCAAAUAAACAUGGACAAUCCACAGAAAAUUAAUCGUAAUCAACGAUCAAUGUCGGCUCCGCCGGAAAAUAGGCAGGAAUUUCAGGCUGAACAACCGAGGUUUGUUUCUAGAGUUGAGAUAACGCCGCAACAACAACAGCAGCAGCAGCAAGAACAGCAGAGGGAAAAGUCGCCGGAACCGCAGGCUCAAAAGACGCAGCAGCAGCAGCAGCAAGGGAAUGUUAGACACAUUCCUAUUUUUGUCGAGGGUCGCGACGAACCGGUGAUUUCGCGAAAAAGAGAUGACGAUUCUUUCGCGUAUUCUUCAUCUCCCCCGCAAUUUCAAUCGCAACCGCAGUAUCAGCCCCAACCGCAGUAUCAAUCCCAACCGCAAUAUCAAUCUCCACCACAGUUUCAACCACCUCCAACUUUCCACAGACCUUCGCAUUUCAACGAACGAUUCGGAAAGCAAAAUUGGCCGUCGCACUUCCAAGAAGCCUUCUUCGACAAACCGAAGUGGGGAAGGGACGAGACUGAUCGUCCAUUCUCGAGAGAUUGGCCUCAUCAGCAAGGCCAGCAUCAACAACCGAAGUCACACCAACAGCAGCAGCAGCAACAACCGCCCCAACAGCAGCAUCAACAACAAGACCACCAACAGCAUCAACAAUCAGAGAAUCAGCAGAACCAACAACAACAACAAAAGCAGGAAGCAGAAGUUCCCAAACCAAAGCAAACCCUUCCUAAAGAUCCCCUCGAGAGGGUCGCACUAGUUCAAAAAGAGGUCGACUCCCUCAACGAGCAAGUGAAAAACUACAAAGGCACUUCUCGCCAAGAAAAAGAUUACAUGUACCUCGACGAAAUGCUGACCCGGGAAUUAAUAAAACUCGACGAUAUUGAAACCGACGGCAAGGAAAAUGUACGACUAGCGAGAAAAACAGCUAUCAAAAGUAUACAGGAAUCCAUAAAUCUCUUGGAGUCCAAAGUGCCAUUACCAGGACAAGAACAGAAGCAACAAACCGAAACUACCGAAACCACAGAAAAUCCAUCAAUCAAGACAGAGACUGAACAACCACAAGAGACUGUUGACAACAAACCCAUUCCACUUCCUCCCGGUCCGAAUUCUUCCCCACUUCCUCCCAAAGAGGAAUCAAGCGAAAAUGAAAUAAAAGAAGUCAAAGAAGAACCACCAAUCCCAACCGUUGAGACUCAAACCGAAGAAAACAAAACCGACGAGGUAAAGAAUCAAAUUUCCGAAGCUCCAACGACAGACAUUGAACAAUUGGAACUUUUGCCUACAAUUCAAGAUUCAAAUUCCCAAGAGGCGCAAGAGACCCUAAAAGCUGCAAAGUCUCCGAAAAAAGUGAAAAAGACGAAAAAACAACCAACACCAGUUUCGAUAGAGGCAAUACCUCUUCCUGCGCCCAUAGCCAGUGAUAAUGAAAGCUCAAAAUAACCUCGAGCAAAAACCUCGCGUCUAUUCGGUGGUUUGAGAAAAUUUGCCAGAAGCAAAAGUAUCUCUAAAUCGGACAAGGGAAAAGAAUAAAGAAACUUUUGAGUAAAAUUGAGAAUUUUACGCGAGGAUAUCGAAAAAAAGUAUCUUCAGAGAAAUAAAGGGCAAUUUAGAAACUAAAUAAUUGAAUAGAAAUGAUACUAAAUUCACGCACAAGAUAAUAUAGUUUAUUUUUAAACUGUUAAGGAAAAGAAAUGCCACAUCCAAAGAUUGUGAUCGUCUUCGUGAUCCAUAAAGUGCACUAGCUUUUUUAUCUCAGAAUAUAACAAAUAACAAAUAGAAGUAAAUAAAAGAGAAAAAAACAAGUUCUAACCGUAUUGAAAUAUUUUUAUUUUUUCAUCUACUAUUGGAGUUUAGAUCGUUUCUAUUCGAUUUUUGUAUAAUGCCUCUUUUCAUCAAACGCUGUGCGAGUGUCUUCUAUCUUUUUUUUUAUGGUGCCAUAUCAGAUGCGUGAAUUAUGCGUAACCUCGGAUUAAUAAUCAAUUAUUAUUGAUAAUUAAUUUAUGCAAUUUUGUUUUUAAUACGGAAAAGUGUGAGUGCUCGGAAUUAUAAAAAAAAAAAAAAUUCUGAGUCAAUUUUUCGAUAAUUUACGAAAUCCGGGAUAUAAUACAGUUUUUGAAUUUUUUGCAUACUUAUAAAUAUUUAAAAUUUUCAUGAAAAAAAUACAGUGGGAAAAAUACCGCAGGGUUGCCACAAAAAUAAAUUGAAUUAAAAUUCAAUAAUUUACAAAAUUUU